GUGCAGCAGAUACAGGGAAAGAUACCUGUCGCACUUUCUCUUUGAAACCAGUUUUGAGUCUGUCCACAGGUUUUAUUUAAGAUUAUUAAGAAAUUACUUCUCCUCUGUGGAUAUAAUCAAACCUGUAGAUAUGUCCUACAAGUAGGUUGUUACUGGUUUUUCCACUGGAUCUAAUGGUUUUUUCUGUCCUGUGAUCUCCUUCUUGCUGCGUCACUUCAUCCCCUCGGUCACGUUCACAUGAGUCGGAUGAAUCUGCUUCACCAUCACUUCCCCGGCUCUUUGUCCUGGCUGCUGAGCUUCAUGACAUCAGAGUUCAACACCGAACACUGAGCAGGAGGCCGAGGACGUGGAUGUCAUCACAGAUCAACACACCUGAACGCUGAGCAGACAUGAUGGAGCGCUGGUGGGCGUGGCACUUUGCUCUGGUCAUCCUGGCGACCAUUGACCUCAGCGCCUCCGAUGGGAAGAUCACAGAGUUCCUCUCCGACACUCUGAUCAACAACAUGGUGGCCAACCCCGCCACGGGCCGGCUGUACGUCGGCGCCGUGAACCGCCUCUACCAGCUGAGCCCCGACCUGGAGGUGGAGCGCCGUACCGAGACCGGCCCCAAGCGGGACAACAAGCAGUGCACGCCGCCCGUCAGCGAAUCCUGCAACGAGGCCGUGGACACCGACAACCACAACAAGCUGCUGCUGGUGCACGGCGCCGAGAACCAGCUGGUGGUGUGCGGCAGCGUCUUCAGGGGCAUCUGCUCGCUGAGGAACCUGAGCAACGUGGAGCAGCUGGUCUACUUCAGCGACACCAAGGGAGAGAAGUCGUACGUGGCGAGCGCCGAGGAGGGCGUGUCCGUGGUGGGAGUGAUGUCAUCAUACUUGUACAAGAAAACAGAAAACUUAACCGUGUUCCUGGUCGGUAAAGGCUACGGCAGCCACGACAGCACCAAGCUCAUCUCCACCCGCAUCCUGAAGGACUCCGGUGACUGGGGGACCUUCGACAGCAUCAUCGAGGCCUCGGCGGUCCAGGCCAACCCCUUCGUGCUGCGCUACCUCCACGACUUCCGCUUCGCCUUCAAAGACGACGGCUUUGUGUACUUCCUGUUCUCGCGGACGCUCGGCGUGCAGGACACCAAGAACUUCACGUUCAUCUCCAGGUUGUGUGAGACCGACCAGAGUUACUACUCGUACACGGAGCUGCAGCUGAACUGCAGCCGGGACAACAAGUACAACAAAGUUCAGGCUGCCUACGUAGCGUCGCCAGGAGACGUGUUGGCUCUGAACCUGACGGCCCGGUACGGAACCGUGUGGGCCUCGGACAAGGUUCUGUUUGUCACCUUCACGUCUGACGAGGACCCGUCCACCUCAGCCAUGUGUGUGUAUCCUCUGCGCUCCAUCAACACGCAGCUGGUGAAGAUCAUCAGCGCCUGUUACAACAACAACGGCCUCAUCGACGACAAACCCGCCGUCUUCUCUCCCUACUCCUCGUCGGAGAAUCUGUGCAACAGCAAAAAUGACAACGACCUGGGAGCCAAGUACAACUGUGGAGAGGAGUUCCUGCCGUCGCCGCUGGCCAGCAAGGCCGACUUCGCCCUGACCUCCAACACCUCGCUGGUGAGGAAGGGUCACAUGACCGCCGUGGCCGUGGCUGUGGAGAUGGAGCACACGGUGGCGUUCCUGGGCACCGCCACCGGAGAGGUGCUGAAGGUGCAUCUGUCCGAUCAACCCGAGGUGUACGGGCGAGCGCCGGGCGACGUCACCGGAGACAAGGUCAACAAGAACCUGCUGUUCGAUUCCGGCCUCCAGCACCUGUACAUCACCACGGAGAAAAAGAUCACCAAGGUGCCGGUCCAGGCCUGUCACCUGAAGACAGACUGUCAGUCCUGCGUCUCCAUGAAGGAUCCGUACUGUGGCUGGUGUGUCCUGGAGGGAAGGUGCACCAGGAAGCAGGAGUGCAGCAGGUCCACGGAGAAGAACACCUGGCUGUGGUCGCCCAAUCAGAAGUGCGUUCAGAUCGAGGCCUUCGACCCCCCCAACCUCAGCUGCAGGAAGACGCAGCAGGUGCUCAUCAGCAUCCCCUCCCUCCCCCGGCUGAGUCAGAACGACAGCCUGAGAUGUUGUUUCGGCUCGUUCUUCACCUCUGCCGUGAUGAGCUUCAGUCCGGUGCAGGUCACGUGUUCGCUGCCCAACCCCGGCGAGAUCCCCCCCACUCCGGAGCAGCAGGACUACGUGUCCGUCCCAGUUAAAGUUCUGGUUAACAACAAAAUCCAGGUGACGUCUGGAAAGUAUAACUUCUACAACUGUGCUGCGACAAUCAGGAAGAACCAAAACACACCGUGCAUAGCGUGUGUAACCAGUGUAUGGGGGUGUCAGUGGAACGCUCAGGAUCACAGCUGCACUGACAGCGACGCAGCAGCUGAUGGCGAUCACAUCAUCAAACCACAACAGUCGGCCAGUUGUCCUCAGUUCGAGUCCCCGGAGCCGCUGCUGAUUCCCGUCGGGUUCGGGAUCCCGAUCGACUUCCAGGGAAGAAACCUGAAAAUCUACCAGGGUCGCAAGUUGGUCAUCGGCACUGAGCUGAUGAAGCACAGGGACGAGGAGGUCACUCCCCAGGGGUCAAAGUUCAACUUCAGAGGUUAUGAGUUUUCCUACGACAAGCAGCAGGAGGUGAACAUCUCCUUCCACAUCAAAGAAAGAGACACUGAGAGGAAGAUUGACAGCUUGUUGACAGUGGUGCUGUAUAACUGCUCAGUGGGCAGAGCAGACUGCAGUUUGUGUAAACACGCCGAGCCCAGGUUCCAGUGUGUGUGGUGCUCCUCCUCUCACUCCUGUGUUUACCGGGAGCUGUGCCCGUCACCGCAGUCGGCGCAGUGUCCCGACCCCGAGAUCACUGAUAUCAUCCCUCGCUUCGGGCCUCUCAACGGACGCAUCUCCGUCACCAUCAAGGGCUCCAACAUGGGGAUAAAGAAGGAGGACAUCAGGAAGAUCACGGUGGCCGGAGUGGACUGUGUCCACCAGGAGGAGCGCUACUCCGUCUCCACCAGCGUGGUGUGUGAGAUCGGCCCGGCGAAGCGAGCCCCCCCGUCCGACCUCCCGUUUGUCCCGACCACCGAGGGAGCGGUGCAGAUCGAGGUGGAGGGGGGGAGGACCGGGACGUCCAAGGUCAUCUUCACCUACCGGGAUCCUAAACCUUUGACCGUUGAGCCGGUGAAGGGUCCAGCAGCCGGAGGAACCGUGAUCACCAUCAGGGGAACCGACCUGAACACGGCGAGUAAAGACGACAUCACCGUCACAGUGGGCGGAGUUCCCUGUGAGAUUCUCUCCUUCGGCGAGGUCAUCACCUGCAAGACGGGGAAGUACCGGGGACAGAAGGUUCCCUCCGACCCGUUAACGGUGACGGUGAAAUACGGAAGGAACACGACCAAGGAGGUGGAGGUGAAGUACCAGUUCUCUGAAAACCCCAAGAUCACAGACUAUCACCCCAAAGAGAGCUUCCUGUGUGGUGGUCGGAGGAUCGUGGUCGUGGGAAAUGGUUUUGACUUGAUCCAAAAAGCUGCGAUCAAAGUUUCCUCUACUGACGAGUUCUCACAGGCGGCCGCUCGGGAGGAGUUUGUCCAGGAGUUCCUGAGUAAGAACGACACGGUGCUGCAGUUCUUCUCUCCGGAGGUGAACAGCUCUCUGGACACGCAGGUGCUCAGGACCUCGCUGCAGCUGGACAACAUGACGGAGGACCUGAAGAACUUCGUCUACCACCCCAACCCCAGCUUCAACGGCCUCGUGAAGAACGUCAUCACGGAGACCAGCAUCAUCAUCGUGACCGGGCGAGGCUUCUCCAAGGCGAUGAGCGCCAAAGAGGCUCAGGCGUUCGUGGGCGACGCCUCCUGUCACGUGAACAUCCUGCAGGACGACAAGUUGAUCCUGGAGGCGCCGUCCACGCAGCCCAAAGCCAGAUCCAAGCGCCACCGCAGGGACACGACCAACGACCUGCUGGAGCUCGUGGUGAAGUUCGGUCACGGCGAGUGGCUCGUGGGUUCCGUGUACUACGCCAGGAAAGACGACAUUCCUCUGGCGAUCAUCAUCCCGGCCGUCCUCGUGCCCAUGCUCCUCUUCAUCGCCGUGUCCGUCUACUGCUACAGGAGGAAGAGUCAGCAGGCGGAGCGGGAAUACGAGAAGGUCAGACACCAGCUGGAGAACCUGGAGGAAAGUGUCCGAGAUCGCUGCAAGAAGGAGUUCACGGACCUGAUGAUAGAGAUGGAGGACCACACCAGCGAGCUGAGCGAGGCCCGGAUCCCCUUCCUCGACUACAAGACCUACACCGACCGGAACUUCUUCCUGCCGUCGAAGGACGGAGUCAACGACGCCAUGAUCACCGGGCAGAUCCAGAUCCCAGAAGCCCGCAAGGCCAUCGUGGCCCAGGCGCUGACCCAGUUCUCCAACCUGCUGAACAGCAAAACCUUCCUCAUCAACUUCAUCCACACGCUGGAGAGUCGGCCGGACUUCAACGCUCGCUCCCGCGGUUACUUCGCCUCCCUCCUGACGGUGGCGCUGCACGGCAAACUGGAGUAUUACACAGACAUCAUGAGGACGCUGCUGCUGGAGCUGAUGGACGAGCACGUGCAGAGCAAACACCCAAAGCUGAUGCUCCGCAGGUCGGAGACGGUGGUGGAGAGGAUGCUGUGUAACUGGAUGUCCAUCUGUCUCUAUCAGUUCCUCAGGGACACGGCAGGAGAACCUCUGUACAAACUGUUCAAGGCGUUGAAGCACCAGGUGGAGAAAGGACCUGUGGACGCCAAGAUGAAGAAAGCCAAGUACACACUGAACGACACGGGGCUGCUGGGAGACGACGUGGAGUACUCUGUGCUGACUCUGCAGGUGCUGGUGCACGGGGAGGGACCAGACGUGACUCCAGUGAAGGUGUUGAGCUGUGACAGCAUCACACAGGUGAAAGAGAAGAUCAUCGAUCAGGUUUACAGGAACCUCCCGUACUCACAGAGACCGAAGGUGGAGAGUGUCGCUCUGGAGUGGCGCCCCGGCUCCACGGGUCAGAUCCUGUCCGACCUGGACCUGACCUCUCAGAAAGAAGGACGCUGGAAGAAGCUCAACACUCUGGCUCAUUACAACGUUCGUGAUAACGCCACGUUGGUUCUGUCCAGAGUUCUACACACACAGGCGUUCCAUCAGCACCAGGACAGCCAGGAAGAGAAAAACGCUCUGCUGGAGGACGACAACACGUUCCACCUGGUGCGGCCGGCGGACGAGCUGGACGAGGGGAAGUCCAAGAGAGGCAGCAUGAAGGACAAGGCCAUGACCAAGGCCAUCACUGAGAUCUACCUGACCAGGCUGCUGUCCGUCAAGGGGACGCUGCAGCAGUUCGUGGACGACUUCUUCCGCAGCGUGUUGUGCUCGGGCUCCGUCGUCCCUCCGGCCGUCAAGUACUUCUUUGACUUCCUGGACGAGCAGGCGCUGAGACACGACAACGUGGACGAGGAGACGCUGCACAUCUGGAAGACCAACAGCCUGCCGAUGCGUUACUGGGUGACCAUCCUGAGAAACCCCCACUACAUCUUCGACGUGCACGUGACGGAGGUGGUGGACGCGUCGCUGCACGUCAUCUCCCAGACGUUCAUCGACGCCUGCACCAAGACGGAGCACAAACUCAGCAGAGAGUCCCCCAGCAACAAGCUGCUCUAUGCAAAAGAGAUUUCCACGUACAAGAAGAUGGUGGACGAUUACUAUAAAGGCAUCAGACAGAUGGUUCCCGUCAGUGACCAGGACAUGAACACACACCUCGCUGAGGUGUCCAGGGAACACACAGACAAGCUGAACCCCCAGUUGGCCUUACACGAGCUGUACCAGUACGCCAGCAAGUACUACGACGUGAUCAUCCAGUCGCUGGACGAGGACCCGGCUGCUCAGAACAAGCAGCUGACGCUCCGCCUCCAGCAGAUCGCUGCCGCCCUGGAGAACAAGGUCACUGACCUCUGACCUCUGACCUGGAGGAGGGGUCGGGGCGAGGAGCCGGUGGCUUGUGACACACAGGAUGUUGUUUUCCAUUUAAAGACUCAAAAGAGGAGGAGCUCGCAGACUGGCGUGAGGACUGCAGUGGGAGGGGCUAGUGCGGCCGCAGGAAGCUGUGGACCAUAUAAGUACUAAAGGGGAGGAGCUCUGGGAUCCAGACUUGGGACUAAUUAAGUGUUGAAUUUAGACGGAGUAGCUGAUUGGGCGUCCUUCCACCUGGCAUCCCUGAACGAGCACCGGGGGGGGGGGGGGGGGGGGGGAUGCAAAAUGGCGACACAGCCUCAGACGGGCGCUCUUUGAAAUCAAAGGAUUAUUUUUAUAACGGGACUGAUCUGUGAUCUGCAGACCGGGCAACCCGAUGUCUGUGUUUGGCUUCUCUACACUUUACUUUAUAAAGACUCAAGAAGAAGACGAUGAAGAUUUUUAAGAAGGACGAAGACGUGAAGGAGAGAAACGAGUGUCCACUCCCUCGUGGACGUUUCUCAGCCGCCGGACGCUUUGUGACCAUUUUGUCCAUCUGUAGACUUUGAGUUGAAUUUGCCUCUAGCGGCUGAUCUGAGGUCAGUUUGUCUGUUUCCGUUCAACAGGGAGGAGCCUUCAUCCAAAACGUGUGAAAAAACACUCAACUAAAAAUAAUCGAUCAAUGAAAACCCACUACGGUACAUACCACUGGCCAAUCAGGGCUCUUGGUUUGGUCCUCACGGCACCAGAGGGAAUUCAGGGUACGAUGAGUAAAGUAUAACCACAAACCAGUAACUAAAUCCCACUAUACUAGUUCCUACGCUCACGACCCAGUGGAGUAUUAUUCUUUGUGUGUGCGGCUCGAAGCUUUUCAUUUGCUUACACGAAAAGAAAUUCAUCAUUUUAAUGGACUGACACUUGCCACUUAGUUUUUAUUGUGUUAAUCAAGUUGCUUUGUGAUGUCACAAGAGUGACCAGCUUGUUUUUACUUCCUGUAAAGAAUCAUGGCUGCCUAAUCAUGCGGUCUGAACAGCCCGACCCCUUUAAGUGACUUUCACUUUGUUUUUUACAGUGUAUGAUUUUAUUUCUUUUGUAAAAACACACUUCAUAGAUAUUUGCUGUGUUUUUGAUUUUUUGUUUAUGUUUUUCUGCACAUGAGAGGAAGUGAUUGAAGUGUCUUCUGAAGACCGGCUGCGUACGAAUUGUUGAAAUAAUGCUGAAAAUAAAUCCAGAAUCAAG